AUGGCUACAACGAUUGAUUCCAAAAUCACCUAUGAUCACCCUUCAGUGAAGACAGUCCACUGCGGUGGGAAUCCAUACCAGAUCGGUUUUAUUCAUGGCCAGGCUGUCUCGACAGGUAUUCAUCACAAUAUCCGGACAUACACCUCGUUCUUUGCUGAAACAGUCCAAAUCACAUGGGGCCAAGCACGAGAACGAGCCGUAGCAGAAUUUACGGACACACUUCAGGAGAAAUAUCCCGAGAUUCUCGAAGAGAUGAAAGGCAUUGCAGAUGGAGCCGGCGCUGGUCUCACGGCUGCGGAUAUUCUAACGCUGAAUGUCCGGAGUGAGAUUGCUCUGACAAAUUACGCCGACGGUUGUACAUCUAUUAGCCAGAAGGCGGAAGAUGGACGGGUGUUCGUCGCACAAAACUGGGACUGGCUGGAGGAGCUCCAGCAAGGCCUUGUCUUUCUCCACAUCAAGCCUGAAGGUUCGGCGGUAGAAAUGAAGUUUCUCUCUGAGGCAGGCAUCGUGGGCAAGAUUGGGAUGAAUAACGCAGGAUUUGGAUUGUGCUCAAACGCGCUGCGAUCUGGAGCGUACAACCAGAAUAGUUUCCCUAUCCAUGUUAUGUCACGUCGCUUGCUUCAAUAUGCCACCAGUGUCAGCAGUGCACUCUCGAUCAUUGACGAAUUCGGCACAGCAAGUACUUCGAAUUACAUGCUAGCAGAUAAAAGUGGGAGUCACCUUGACAUUGAAUGUUCGCCUUAUGGAAACGUUGUCAUUCUUCCUCGCGACAACAGUGUUGCUCAUACCAACCAUCUUUACGGGCCAAACCGUCCGGCGAGACUGGUUGAUCAUCCAGCUCCAAAUUCGAUGACACGGCUGGCGAGAAUUCAGGAGCUUAUCAAAAAGGACUUAGAAAAUAGUGUGCCCACAACGUUUGAGUCUAUAAGGACAAGAUUUGCAGACCAGGAAGGGUUCCCAUACUCUAUUUGUAGAUCCCGGCCAGCUGGAGCUAUUGGAAUGGAGAGAAUGAUCACAUUGAGCACUAUAAUGAUGGAUAUGACAAGCUGUACUGGUAGAGUGCUAAUCGGCAAGCCCUGCGAUGAAUUGCCGAUUGUAGAGUGGUCGUUCUGAAUGGUCUUGUGUCUGGAUACUGUCAAGAUACUGUCUCGUUCGAUAUCAGCGAGCAGUUACGUUAGUGAUUCUCUUAACGAACUCGGUCACUUAGGGACCCACUAGUACUUCUCACUACUCUACGUAUCAAAAU